AUGAGCACAAGUCGCGACGAGCAACAUCACGACACCUCCUAUGUGUACGCGAGCCCGUGUCCGCACGGUGCCGUCGGCGAGCAUCGCUCGUUGUUAAGGACACCGCGAACCCCACAAUCGGUGCCGUUGUAUAGUCGGCAUUCGAACUACUCGACGCCACCUCAACGGCAGACAUAUCGGCCGGCGCGCGCACCACAACAGAAUUCGUAUGUCAUACCGAGUCAGACGAGCUCGAUCUAUCAGCGGCGAGCCGAGAGCAACAAAGAGAAUGUGGCGCCUCAAAAGCCGAGAAAGCCCAAAAUCGAGCACUACAAGGAGGCGUUUCGGAAAAAGGGAAUCGAGAUUUUCAUCGACUUCAAACUGGGCAACGGCAAAUACAGUCGGGUGUACAAGGCGCACGAGAUUCACACAAAUCGAACUGUGGCGAUCAAAGCGAUCGAUUUGAACGAGCUCAGCGACGAUGUUCGCAAAAAGUUUUUGCCGCGCGAGAUCAGCUGCUGGAGGAAGCUCAAACACGGCAACAUUGUGGCGAUGCACGCCCAAUAUGAGACAUCGUCGAUGCUGUUCUUGGCGAUGGAAUACGGCAAUCAAGGCGAUUUGCUUCGAUACGUUCAAAAGAAUGGGGCGAUCGAGGAGAAAACCGCCGGCGUUUUCAUGCGCCAAUUGAUCAAAGCGCUCUGCUAUAUGCACCAGAAUGGAAUCGCUCAUCGCGACGUGAAAUUGGAGAACAUCAUCUUGUUCAAUAACUGCAUCAAACUCUCCGAUUUCGGAUUUGUUCGACUUAUGGACGGCAAUCAGUUGUCGGAGACGUUCUGCGGCUCCAAGUCCUACUCGGCGCCGGAGUUGCUGCGCGGCAAAGCCUAUGAUCCGUUUCUGUCGGAUGUGUGGUCGGCGGGCGUCGUCGGCUUCGUGAUGGUCACCGAUUCGAUGCCGUUCAACGAAUCGCUGCCGAACAAUGUGAUGGUCGAGUAUCAGAAAUUCCGGCGAUACACAUUCUCGCCGAAAUUGAAUUUGUCGCGAGAAUGCAUCGAAUCGAUCGAAGCGAUGAUGACCUAUGAUGUGAGCUUGCGGCCGACAAGCAGCCGAUGCCUCGAACUUCCUUGGGUCGCCGGCCGCGUCUGA